AUGCCACCCAAAGUUAAUACACGAACUCAAUUGACUGAAAGUAUUCGUGUUGAAUUGUGUAUAAUGAAAGAAUCAAACCAUAGUUGGAAGCAGAAAGAUCUUGUGAAGUGGUUAGAAGAUACUCAUGGUCUUAAGGCAUCACAAGCAGCAAUAUCUAAGACACUCAAACGAUCAGCUGACCUCCUUCAAGAAGAAGGAUUGUUGAACCCAAACACAAAACAUUCAAAGAUGGUAAAGUACCCAGCAAUGGAGUCUGCCCUCUAUGAAUGGUUUGUAUGCCAUCAAGAGCAUGUCAAUAUGAAUGGUGCAUUGUUAAAAGAUAAGGGAAAUAUGUUUCUAAGGAAACUCUAUCCCGAAGCUACCUCGUUUGUAUUUUCAAAUGGAUGGUUGGAAAAGUUCAAGCAACAACAUGCAAUUCAUUCUUUUUGUCGUUUUGGGGAAAGUGGUUCAGUUAAUAUGGAGAAAAUUGAAGUAAGCUUGCCAUCAAUAAGAGAGGCAUUAGACAAAUAG